AUGUACCAAACCCUUCUCGCUGACAUUGCUGCAACCCGUUAUUACAGUAAAGCUGCACAACCUCUGAUCAAUCUGCCUUAUCGUAGCACCCAUUCACGUCCCCUGACGGAUGACGGAGCGAGCACGCCAGAUGCUUCUGGUGUCGCCUGGCUUUCGUAUGUCACCCCGACUCUGCUGAAUUGUGACGACUCCUUCGCCAAUCGCUCGGACCUAGGCGAGAUUGAAGAUGACACUACUGAGGCCUCGGGGACUCUAGCAAGUCCGACGAUAUCCUAUGCUGCUUCGCCUACAGGGAAUAUUCUUGCCUUCGAUACUGGCACCACGAUUGAUGCAGCUCAAUUCCUCCUACCGGUGUAUGCGGAUGCAAGCGAACAAGCUCUUCCGGAUCUAUAUGAUAGAGUAGAUGGUGAUUUGUUCAUAGAUCUUGCCACUGCUCCUUUACAACUCUCAGCCCCUUAUUCGGAAGCUGAGAGCCUCCUUUCUUGGACUAAUGAAUCUAAGCUUGUGAGAGCGGAGGCAGAUGUCUCGUUGGUGACCAAAAAACAGAGUGAACCUGAGGAGUAUUGGGGAGAGAAAGCUGUAUGCACUGGAAUAUCAGCCCUAUUUUCAGGCAGGCAAACUAAUCUCUCUAUCGCCGCUGUCCAUGAGUUUUACCCAGAUGAAAAUCCAUCUUCACAUCGAGUUAUAACAGAUGACACUUUAACCUUUCACUCUUCAGUGGAUCAGGACGAAGAGCUUAAAGAGUUUCAGACCGUGCAAGAGGAAUCCACAUCCCUGACCCCUACCUCUGAUAAAGCAUCACUAAUCUUCAUUUCUGAAGCCAAUCAGCAUAACCAUUUUCUGGAGACUUCAUAUGAACUGCGUGAAGUCUCUCUAGAGAAUUGUACCUCAAUCACCAAAGCC